AUGUCUGCCACGGUCAAGAUCCUGGGCAAGCCCGUCGGCCCCAUAGGCUACGGUCUGAUGGGCUUAACGUGGCGACCGGCUCCACAACCAGUCAGCGACAGCUUCAAAGCCAUGGAGACGGCACUCUCGCAAGGUGCAACCCUCUGGAAUGGUGGCGAGCUUUACGGCACCCCGGAGCGGCACUCUUGCCAUUUGCUUAAUGAGUACUUCAAACUGCACCCUGGGGAUGCGGACAAGAUCGUCCUCAGCAUCAAGGGCGGCCUGGUCCCAGGCCAGCUGAAGCCUGACGGCUCUGCCAAAAACGUGCGCCGCAGCGUCGAAGAUUGCCUGAAGAUUCUCGAUGGCACCAAGGGCAUCGACAUCUUCGAGUGUGCACGGCUCGAUCCAGAUGUACCGCUUGAAGAGACUAUUGGCGCCCUAGCUCAGCUUGUCAAAGAGGGUAAAAUUGGCGGCAUCGGUCUGUCCGAAGUCAAAGCCAGUACAAUCGUCAGGGCAAAUGCCAUCCAUCCGAUUGCAGCCGUCGAAGUUGAAGUGUCGCUCUGGACGACGGAUAUUCUUCGCAACGGCGUCGCGGCGACGUGCGCCAAACUCGACAUCCCUAUUAUCGCUUACAGCCCCCUCAGUCGCGGAGCCCUGGCAGGCGAGACCAUUCGCAAGCACGCUGAUAUACCGGAAGGCGAUAUUCGCAAGCACAUGCCCCGAUUCCAGGACGACGUCCUUGAGUACAACAACCGGAUCGUGGACGAAGUUGAGAAACUCGCGGCGAAGAAGGGCGUCACCAAAGCGCAGAUCGCCAUCGCCUGGGUCCGAAGCCUGAGCGGACGGACCAUCACCACGGAAAACGGAGAGCAGAUCACACUGGGCACCAUUAUCCCCAUCCCCGGCGCCACCAGGCUGGAGCGGGUCAUCGAGAACACGACAAUUGUCGAGCUGUCGGACGAAGAGAUGAAGGAGAUUGCUGACAUCUUGAAAAGAAACCCUGUCAAGGGUGAUCGUUAUCCUGCCCGGGGCAUGGCUCACACGAACAUGUAG